AGUGUCCCAUCUGUCGCGCUGUUGCUAAGCUGCAGACAGACAGACAGGAGCGGCAGGACAUGACUGUCAACAAGUCGGUGGCAGCUCCUGUGACAACCGGUGUGCUGUAACCCCUGCAUCUCACAUGAACAACGCUGAACGACAAGAGCAGGUGGAGAGUCGUCUGUGGGGUGUGGGCAUGAGGUGCUGAUGGUGAAAACAGUGAAGUGUAAUGCUCAUACUUCCAUAGGGGUCAAGUUCAAACCGUGAAAACACAGCGAGUCUCCAGGUGCUUCCAUUAUGGCUGCGGCCAGCACCACCAAGACAUCAUGGCGAUUGCAGGAAUUUGUGGCUCAUUCCAGCAAUGUGUCCUGUGUGGCUCUGGGGAAGACCUCCGGCCGAUUGCUGGCCACUGGAGGGGAGGACUGCAAAGUCAACAUCUGGGCUGUGAGCAAACCAAACUGUAUUAUGAGUUUGACAGGUCACAAUAAUCCAGUGGAGUGUUUACACUUCAGUAGUUCAGAGGAACAGGUAGUUGCUGGAUCACAGUCUGGAUCACUGCGCAUCUGGGACUUGGAGGCUGCCAAAAUCUUACGAACUCUGAUGGGACACAAGGCCAACAUCACCAGCCUGGGCUUUCAUCCAUAUGGAGAGUUCUUGGCCUCAGGCUCCAUGGACACAAACAUCAAGUUCUGGGAUGUGCGGAGAAAAGGAUGUGUGUACAGGUAUAAGGGCCACACACAAGCAGUGAGGUGUUUGGCUUUCAGUCCAGAUGGCAAGUGGUUGGCAUCAGCAAGUGACGACAGCACCAUUAAGCUGUGGGACCUGACAGUGGGGAAGAUGAUCACAGAAUUCACUGCACACACUGCAGCUGUCAACAUUGUCCAGUUCCACCCUACUGAAUACUUGCUGGCAUCAGGCAGCUCAGACAGGACAAUCAAGCUGUGGGAUCUAGAGAAGUUCAAGCUGAUUGGCUCACCAGAGGGAGAAGCCACUGCAGUCAGAUGUGUGCUGUUCAGCCCAGAUGGUGGCUGUCUGUACAGUGGGGCAACAGAGUCACUGCGGGUCUACGGGUGGGAGCCGGACCGCUGCUUCGACGUGGUGCCAGUGGCAUGGGGCAAGGUGGCAGACAUGGCUGUCUGUAACCAGCAGCUGAUUGGUGUGUCGUGCCAGCAGACCAACGUGUCCUCCUAUGUGGUUGAUCUGACGAGGGUGAAGAAGACCGGAGGCUCUGAAAUCCAGGGAGUUAUCCGGGAUGACCAACCGCUCACAGAGCCCUCUCCCAAAGGAUCCAUGCUGUGGAGAAACUACGAGCGACCCAUGACUACCUGCAGCAGUCAGAGGGUGAAGCAGAGCUCAGAGGCUCACCGGCGGAGCCCUGAAGGCGAGAGGCGGAGCCCCAGCAGUGAGGACGAGAAGGACGAGAGGGAGUCCACUGCCGAGAUCCGCAACGCCGAAGACUACAAAGAGAUCUUCCAGCCAAAGAAUGCUAUCUCUCGAACCCCACCCAAGAUGUGUGAGCCCUUCCCUGCACCCCUGGAGGACGAGAGUUUUGUGGUGAGAGCCAGUCAGGUUAAAGAUUUCGUGACUCCUGCUCCUGACAAGCUGCAGCCGGGCCUCUUGAAGAAUCCACCACUGGCUUCAUCAACUCCUGUCCAGAGGGUGGAGCCCACAGUGGUUUCUUCUGCACCCCGCCCCACGGUCCCAGCACCCGUUUCAGCUGUCCGACCGGCCGUCUCCAACCCCCCCGCCCCACCCGCCACCCAGCGACCAGCCCAGGCGUCCGUCGCCACCGCAAAGGCCAAAUCACAGCCCACUGUCAUCCUCGCCACCAGAAAUGAGCCAAUAGGACUCAAUGUAGCUGAUUUCCUGCCUUCUGCACCCAACAACCGCUCCAGUGCCCUGGGUGACGAGGAGGCUCUGUCCCAGAUCAAGAAGGGCCACGACACCAUGUGUGUGAUGCUGAGCAGCCGACACAAGAACCUGGAGACGGUCCGAGCCGGGUGGGGCAGCGGAGAUGUCAAGAACUCUCUGGACACUGCUGUGUCCAUGAAUGACUUGUCAAUUGUGGUGGACAUUCUCAACAUUGUCAACCUGAAACCGUCACUAUGGAAACUAGACUUGUGUACGUCAAUCCUUCCUCAGAUAGAAGAACUGCUGCAGAGCAAAUACGAAAGCUAUGUGCAGACAGGCUGUACGUCUCUGAAGCUGAUCCUGAAGCGCUUUUUGCCGCUCAUCUCAGACACGCUCACAGCGCCCCCUUCUGUUGGUGUUGACAUCACACGAGAGGAGCGACACCAAAAGUGCAAGACGUGCUACAAGCAGCUGAAGAACCUGAGCAACGUAGUGAAGAACAAGGCCGACCAAGUGGGUCGACACGGCAGUGCCUUCAAAGAGCUCCAGCUGCUCAUGGCCCCGCUCGACUACUGACGGCGACGCCGGCCGGCUCCCACACUGCCAUCCAGGUGGUGGCCCGACGAGCUCCAGCUCCUCUGCUGUGUGUUCCUCUUCCCUCAGCGACCAGUGGGGCCGCCCCAGGGAGAGUCCACUCGUCGUCCAUCCACACCGAGCCAGAGGGACCUGAUUUCUUCCACUGAGACUCAGUCGGAUGUGUGUGAAUAUGUCAGUAGGAUAUUUUUCCUCCAAGGCCUUACACAUGCUGGGUUGUGAAGCACGUUGCUGAUGUACUUUAGAACUCUGUGUGUGAGCAGUCACGUGCCUUGGAUGUGGACAGUCGGGUGGGCUUAAUGAUUUGCUGUUUUCCCUGAAAUCACACACUUUGUCUCUAAAGCCCAACAGGUGGAAGGCCUGAGUAGAAAGGUUUUCCUCCUUAAACACUUAGUCCGCACGUUGUGAUUGCACAGAGACACUGAGGAUCUAGCUAACGAGUGUUGCUAGAUGACAGACACACUGGUGGAUUUUUCUGAUGGUAUUUAAAUGUUUCCAGUCCUUUUCUACUCUCUCUACUUGACACAGACUUAGAUGCACUCUUUUAAAUGUACUAUUGACACUACAGAACAGUUUUUUUAACAAAUAAAAAUGUGAGCUCUUGACCGUUAACAUG